AUGGACAUGCUGGAAGGGAUUUCGAAAUACGCUGAGUAUAUCAAGGACAUCGUAGAAAACAUGAAUUGUUUCACAAAGUAUGCCACAGUUGCACUUACUGAGGAGUGCGUAUCUCGUAUUCAGAAAAAACUACCUACAAAGCUGAAGGAUCCGGGUAGUUUCACUAUCAAAAUCACAAUUGAGAAGCAAGUCAUUGCACGUGCACUAUCUGAUCUUAGUGCUAGUAUCAACCUGAUGCCAUCAUCUAUGUUCAAAAAAUUAGGGUUAGGAAACACAAGACCUACUACUAUUAUUCUGCAGCUAGUAGACAGGUCUUUGGCCAGGCCCGAAGGUAUUAUUGAAGAUGUUCUUGUGCAGAUAGGGCAGCAAACUAUGAAGGUAAACGAUAAAGUUGAAGUAUUUAAUGUGUAUAAGGCUCUCAAGUUGCCCACAAUUUAUGAGGAGCUUUCUGCUAUCACUGUGGUAACUGACAACACUAAGAGACCUCUCAUUACUUCUCAUAACUCGUCGGAGAGGACUCUAGUGGGUGAAGAUAUCUUCAGAGAUACUGAAGCAUUCGAGAUGGUGCAGAUUCUUGAUCUGGUAGGAAUUUAUACUCGAGAGGGGGAGUUUGAGCCACUUGAAAGAGAAAUUGGGCCACCGCCCAAGUUAUCGAUAGAGGAGCCCCCAAAGUUAGAGUUAAAGCCUUUACCCGCGCAUCUCAAAUAUGCGUUUUUGGGUGAUGGUGAAACUCUACCUGUUAUAUUGGUAGUAGAGCUCACAAAUGAAGAAGUUAAAAUUUCUUUAGAGAUUUUGAGAAAAAUGAAAUAA